AUGAGUGCGACGGGGCAGCAGCAUGGGGGGGGGCUGCGCUCCCGCCGGGCGCUCGUCCGGGACCGGGAGCCCGGCCCGGGCGCCGGCGUGGAGGCGAGCUGCUGGCUGGCGCCCGGAGUGCUGCGCAGGUUCCUCGAACUGCCUUCGCCCCCCCUCUCCAGGCAUCAGCUCAAAAGGCUGGAGGAGCACAGGUACAGCAGUGCCGGCUGCUCGCUGCUGGAGCCUCUGAUGCAGCGCUACUGGGAGUGGCUGGUGGGCCGCGUGCCUGCCUGGAUCGCGCCCAACCUCAUCACCAUUGUCGGCCUGGCCACCAACAUUGUCACCACCCUGGUGCUGGUCUACUACUGCCCCACCGCCACCGAGCAGGCGCCGCUGUGGGCGUACCUGAUGUGCGCAGUGGGGCUCUUCGUGUACCAGUCGCUGGACGCCAUCGACGGGAAGCAGGCCAGGCGCACUAACAGCAGCUCGCCUUUGGGGGAGCUCUUUGACCACGGCUGUGACUCCCUCUCCACCGUAUUUGUAGUGUUGGGAACGAGCAUCGCAGUGCAACUGGGCACCAACCCCGACUGGAUGUUUUUCUGCUGCUUCGCCGGCAUGUUUAUGUUCUACUGCGCCCACUGGCAGACCUACGUGUCGGGAACGCUGAGAUUCGGCAUCAUCGACGUGACCGAAGCGCAGCUCUUCAUCAUGAGCAUGUACCUGCUGGCAGCUCUCGGAGGCUCCGCCUUCUGGCAGGCGCUGAUUCCCGUUGUUAACGUCCAGGUGAAAAUGGUUCCUGCCGUUUUCACUUUUCUUGGAGCAAUCUUCUCCUGUAGCAACUACUUCCGAGUCAUCUUCACCGGAGGUGUCGGCAAGAACGGCUCCACCAUCGCGGGAACCAGCGUGCUGUCGCCGGUGCUGCACAUCGGUUCCGUCAUCGUUCUGGCCGUCAUGAUUUACAAGAAGUCGGCCGUGCAGCUCUUCGAGAAACACCCCUGUCUUUACAUCCUGGCCUUUGGCUUCGUCUCCGCCAAAAUCACCAAUAAAUUAGUCGUAGCGCACAUGACAAAAAGCGAGAUGCACCUGCACGACUUGGCCUUCCUGGGACCAGGCCUCCUCUUCCUCAAUCAGUAUUUCAACAGUUUUAUUGACGAAUACCUGGUGCUGUGGAUUGCGCUGGUUCUGUCCUUGUUGGAUCUGCUGCGCUACUGCGUGAGCGUGUGCAACCAGAUCGCCGGCCACCUUCACAUCUUUGUCUUCAAGAUCACACCUUGCUCGCUGCGCUGAUUGUGCCGAGUCCCUAACCGUCCGUCCGCCUCCUCAGUUGGCUUGUCAAAAGUCGCCGCUUGAGCUGAGCCAACGCCAGGAGCCGUCAUGUCACAGUCGCCAUACUCGACCAUUACUUCCUGUCAGUGUUUGUUUGAAGACUUCAGGUGCUACCCGAACACACACACACACACACACACGCACACACACACACACACAGAAAGGAAGAAAGCAAGCAACACGUUUCGGUUCAUACACACAUCUUUUUUUCGUUGCUUCUUGUAAAUAGGUGCCUUUUGAUUGGCUUGCCUCCUUAUUACUGCAACUUUACUUUUGUAUUUUACUUUACACACAAUGUGUCAUGUCUAAAGUUGCAAAUAACCAUAUAUUAGCUGUACAUUUUGGGGGGUUAAACUGGGUUCUUUUAUUUAUUGUCGACAUGCGUGUGUGUGUGUGUGUGAAGUUUUUGUUUUUGCCAAAAUUAAAUAAAUACAACACCUAUUGAAUCAAACUAAGUAUUAAUGAAUGGAAAUG